UGACACAGGGCCAUUUGUCAUCCCUCUUCCAAAUACUUCCGAGGGAAACAAAUGAAUAAGUCACACAGUUCCUCGCACCACCCGGAAGAACAGUGGCGCAGUUACACUUGGUGACUUGUCUGAAAGGGCGAAAUAUAAUCUAUGAUUGGUGACUGCUGGAUGCCCUCCACACAACAGCACACGGAUACAAGAAGCUAACCGUAUACGUGAGGACACAUUAACGCUUUCCUGUCAACUUUCAGACCCUGUGCAGAAAGAAACUGACCCUGGGUCUGAGUCAGGAGAUGGUAUAAAAGAGAAAAGUGUGAGGAGCAGUGAAGUGGAGGAGAAACAAACAGAAGACGACUGAGAACCAACCUCAUUCUGUCACAGAACAUAACAGAGAUAUGGACAGAGAAAAGGACAGUAAAACAGAGAGAAAAGGAGGCCCGUCAGGUGAUAUUUUGCCAGAUAAUGCACGUAAGGAAGAUGAUGAGGACACAGGAACGCCUUCCUGUCAACCUCGAGACCCUGUGCAGAAAGAAACUGACCCUGGGGCUGAGUCAAUACAUGAUAGAAAAGAGGAAAGUGUGAGGAGCGGUGAAGCUGAGAAGAAACAAACAGAAUCCCUUCUUAAUAUCCCAAAGACUGAAGAUGAAGAAGAAGAAGAAGAAGAAGAGAUGGCAAGCGAUAAACAUGAGGAAGAAGUGAAGAGGGAUGAGAACGUCCAACCACAGAUCACUGUGCCAGUGAAUAAUAAGGACACAGGAAAGCCUUCCUUUCAACCUCCAGACCCUGUGCAGAAAGAAACUGACCCUGGGUCUGUGUCAAGAUAUGAUAGAAAAGAGGAAAGUGUGAGGAGCGGUGAAGCUGAGAAGAAACAAACAGAAUCCCUUCUUAAUAUCCCAAAGACUGAAGAUGAAGAAGAAGAAGAAGAAGAAGAGAUAGCAAGCGAUAAACAUGAGGAAGAAUUGAAGAGGGAUGAGAACGUCCAACCACAGAUCACUGUGCCAGUGAAUAAUAAGGACACAGGAAAGCCUUCCUUUCAACCUCCAGACCCUGUGCAGAAAGAAACUGACCCUGGGUCUGUGUCAAGACAUGAUAGAAAAGAGGAAAGUGUGAGGAGCGGUGAAGCUGAGAAGAAACAAACAGAAUCCCUUCUUAAUAUCCCAAAGACUGAAGAUGAAGAAAAAGAAGAAGAAGAAGAAGAGAUGGCAAGCGAUAAACAUGAGGAAGAAGUGAAGAGGGAUGAGAACGUCCAACCACAGAUCACUGUGCCAGUGAAUAAUAAGGACACAGGAAAGCCUUCCUUUCAACCUCCAGACCCUGUGCAGAAUGAAACUGACCCUGGGUCUGUGUCAAGACAUGAUAGAAAAGAGGAAAGUGUGAGGAGCGGUGAAGCUGAGAAGAAACAAACAGAGAAGACGACUGAGAAACAACAUCACUCUGGCACAGAACCAAAAAUAGACAGGGAGGGAGAAAUUUGCCGUAAACCUGAGAAAAGUGAAGAUCUGUCAGGUGAUUCUUUGUCAGUUAAUGAACCUAAAGAGGAUGGCCCGUCAGGUGAUAUUUUGCCAGAUGAUGCACAAUCCCUUCUUAAUAUCCCAAAGACUGAAGAUGAAGAAGAAGAAGAAGAAGAAGAGAUGGCAAGCGAUAAACAUGAGGAAGAAUUGAAGAGGGAUGAGAACGUCCAACCACAGAUCACUGUGCCAGUGAAUAAUAAGGACACAGGAAAGCCUUCCUUUCAACCUCCAGACCCUGUGCAGAAAGAAACUGACCCUGGGUCUGUGUCAAGAUAUGAUAGAAAAGAGGAAAGUGUGAGGAGCGGUGAAGCUGAGAAGAAACAAACAGAAUCCCUUCUUAAUAUCCCAAAGACUGAAGAUGAAGAAGAAGAAGAAGAAGAAGAGAUGGCAAGCGAUAAACAUGAGGAAGAAGUGAAGAGGGAUGAUAACGUCCAACCACAGAUCACUGUGCCAGUGAAUAAUAAGGACACAGGAAAGCCUUCCUUUCAACCUCCAGACCCUGUGCAGAAAGAAACUGACCCUGGGUCUGUGUCAAGAUAUGAUAGAAAAGAGGAAAGUGUGAGGAGCGGUGAAGCUGAGAAGAAACAAACAGAGAAGACGACUGAGAAACAACAUCACUCUGGCACAGAACCAAAAAUAGACAGGGAGGGAGAAAUUUGCCGUAAACCUGAGAAAAGUGAAGAUCUGUCAGGUGAUUCUUUGUCAGUUAAUGAACCUAAAGAGGAUGGCCCGUCAGGUGAUAUUUUGCCAGAUAAUGCACAAUCCCUUCUUAAUAUCCCAAGGACUGAAGAUGAAGAAAAAGAAGAAGAAGAAGAGAUGGCAAGCGAUAAACAUGAGGAAGAAGUGAAGAGGGAUGAUAACGUCCAACCACAGAUCACUGUGCCAGUGAAUAAUAAGGACACAGGAAAGCCUUCCUUUCAACCUCCAGACCCUGUGCAGAAAGAAACUGACCCUGGGUCUGUGUCAAGACAUGAUAGAAAAGAGGAAAGUGUGAGGAGCGGUGAAGCUGAGAAGAAACAAACAGAGAAGACGACUGAGAAACAACAUCACUCUGGCACAGAACCAAAAAUAGACAGGGAGGGAGAAAUUUGCCGUAAACCUGAGAAAAGUGAAGAUCUGUCAGGUGAUUCUUUGUCAGUUAAUGAACCUAAAGAGGAUGGCCCGUCAGGUGAUAUUUUGCCAGAUGAUGCACAAUCCCUUCUUAAUAUCCCAAAGACUGAAGAUGAAGAAAAAGAAGAAGAAGAAGAGAUGGCAAGCGAUAAACAUGAGGAAGAAGUGAAGAGGGAUGAGAACGUCCAACCACAGAUCACUGUGCCAGUGAAUAAUAAGGACACAGGAAAGCCUUCCUUUCAACCUCCAGACCCUGUGCAGAAAGAAACUGACCCUGGGUCUGUGUCAAGACAUGAUAGAAAAGAGGAAAGUGUGAGGAGCGGUGAAGCUGAGAAGAAACAAACAGAGAAGACGACUGAGAAACAACAUCACUCUGGCACAGAACCAAAAAUAGACAGGGAGGGAGAAAUUUGCCGUAAACCUGAGAAAAGUGAAGAUCUGUCAGGUGAUUCUUUGUCAGUUAAUGAACCUAAAGAGGAUGGCCCGUCAGGUGAUAUUUUGCCAGAUAAUGCACAAUCCCUUCUUAAUAUCCCAAGGACUGAAGAUGAAGAAAAAGAAGAAGGAGGAGAGAUGGCAAGCAAUAAACAUGAGGAAGAAGUGAAGAGGGAUGAGAACGUCCAACCACAGAUCACUGUGCCAGUGAAUAAUAAAACUAUUUGGACUACAGCUGUUGUCAUUCUGAUAGCUGUGGUUUGUGCAUUAUGUCAGCGUAGUCCUGACUCAACUUCAUCUAAAACAAAGGAGGUUAAUGUGGUGGACCUGUUCAAUCAGGAAAUGAAAAAACUUGAGACCACCUUUCCAAAUCAGCAUCCAGAGCUCUGGAGGAGGAGCCUUAUUCAUCUCAGGCGCCACCUAAAGAUGAAGAACCCUACUGAACCCGUCAGCCUGAUUCUGACAUCCGACCGCAGAGCUGAAAAGACACUUGGUUGCCUGGCCCUAGGCUUGGCCAGAGCCUUUUCUACUGCCCAUAAUUCUUCAGUUCUGAAGAUUAAUGGCAAAAACAAAGCAUCACAAGACAGCGAUCAGGUCAAGCUGGACAUUGAUAGUGAAUUGAGAAAAGCCUUUGAGGGUAAAAAGUCUGCUGCAGUUAUCCACCAUUUUGAGGAGCUUCCUCCUGGAUCUACUCUUAUCUUCUACCGUUACUGCGACCAUGAGAACGCAGCUUAUAAAGAUGUCUUCCUGGCCUUUACUGUAAUGCUGGAUGCAGAAGUGGAAUUGCCAUCCAGUGUCAGUCUAGGAAGAGUUGAGGAGAUGGUUCAAGAGCACAUAAAAAACAAGUUUGUCUCCUCUGACAAGUCCGCUAUGUUUAAUCAAAUGGAUGUUGACAAACUAGGUGGACUGUGGAGCCGAAUUUCACAUCUCAUUUUGCCAGUGGCUGCAGAAAAGAAAUUUGAAGAGCAGGGCUGUGGGGAUUGGGACAAUUCCACAAAUUCCUUUUAACUUUAAAUAUUGGUCUCAUACUUUGGAUACAAAAAAUAUAUAUAAAAUACAUUUAGGUAUGUGCUGCUGCAUAGGCCUGUUUUCUUGCUUUAACACUAAAUUACAACUUUUCAGAUUAUGAAAUUUCUAAAAGGAUCAAAUUAAGGAAGUUUCUACAUUUUUAGCUCCUCUUUAUUUGUUAUAUGUAGAUCUGUUUGCGUCUAAAUUAUGUCUUAUAUUAAAGUUAUUUUUAAUCUGUAAAUUUGGUUGGCCACGGAUGGACGUUAUAAUUGUUGUGUGAUUUGAUUUUUCUUUUGUUAGAGAAAAUAAACGUGCCUUAUAAAUCUA